CAUCAAUGUACUAUUCCGACAAAGACAAAACAAAAACAAACGGUCUGUGUUUGAAAUUAGGCUAAAGAAUUGUUUUCAUAAUUUUGGCCGUAUAAAAGGCGUGCGCCACCGGCAGUGGAUCAAACACAAACUAACAUUCUUUCACAACAGUAGAUCAGCUAAAAAAUAGAAUAUGCGUGCCUUCAUUGUUCUGUGCUUAGUGGCUGUGGCCUGUGCCGAUAAAUUGGGUUACAACUAUCAACCAGUUGGUCAUUCCUCAUCCGGUUUGUCAUUCACACCUGGUGGUGCUGCCAGCAAUGUUGCUCCCUCCUACGACUCCGGUGUAAGCUCUUACGAUGCUCAAGGCUCCAAUGGUGCACCCUCUUUUGCUCCUCAAGCUGAACUCGAAAAGGAAUUCUAUACUUUCUCUGCCAACGAUGCUGAUUUCAAUGAUCCUGCCAGCUCUGACCAAUUGGCCAAUGCCGUGAAGAAAGGUCUCCGUGUCGUUUUCAUCAAGGGUCCCGAAAACAAUGGUUUGGAAGAUGCUGCCUUGGCUUUGGCCAAACAAGCUGCCCAACAACAAACAGCCAUCUAUGUUCUCAACAAACAAGCUGACCUCGCCGAUUUGGCCAACAAACUUAACAACCUCAACACCGGUAACAACAACAAACCCGAAGUUCACUUUGUCAAAUACCGUACACCUGAAGAUGCCGCCAAUGCCCAACGUGCUAUCCAAGGACAAUACGAUGCUUUGGGCGGUCCUUCUCGUAACAUUGACGGUGGUGUUGCUCCAUCCCUCAACUUUGCCUCCCAAGCCCCAGUUGCUCCCGCUGCAGCUCCCUCUGCUCCAGGUGCCAGCUAUUUGCCUGCUUCCGUUUUGCGUCGCUUCCGUUUGUAAAAUAUUGAAACAGAAGAUUGUUAAACGCCUUUGUUGUUAUUUUUAUUAUUUGUGAUCUAGUCAAAUAAAA